UUUACAGGGCCAUAAUAACAAUAACAAUAAUAAUAAUAAUAAGAAGAAGAAUUACCUAUUAUUUUGUAGUGUAUGGUCUAAAAUGAUAAUAUACACUAUUUUCCUUGUCCCAGCCUAUGGAUGUGGUCUUCCCACUUUCUCUCCUGAGCUGAGCAGAGUGGUGGCAGGACAGGAUGUUAGGCGUCACAGCUGGCCCUGGCAGAUCUCGCUGCAGUCAGACAGCAGCGGGGGCUGGAGUCACGUCUGUGGAGGCACUCUCAUCUCCUCCCACUGGGUUCUCACUGCUGCUCACUGUAUCAGUGACCGCUACAACUACAGAGUGGAGCUGGGCAAACACAGUCUGAAGGCGAGCGAGGAGGGCUCCGUAGCUGUGAGGGCAGCGGACAUCAUCACACAUGAGGACUACAACAUCCUGCUCAGCCGUAACGACAUUGCCCUGAUCAAGUUAUCUUCUCCUGUCACCUUCUCUGACACAAUCACGCCGGCCUGCCUCCCAGACCAGGGUGUCGUCCUGAGCCACGGUUCUCCCUGCUACGUCACGGGCUGGGGUCGACUCUCCACCGAUGGUCCUCCGGCUGACAUCCUGCAGCAGGUUCUUCUGCCAGUCGUCGGCCAUGAGAUCUGCUCACGGCCCGACUGGUGGAGCGUCCUGGCAACAGAGAAGAUGGUCUGUGCCGGUGGAGACGGCACCACUGCGGGCUGUAACGGAGACUCUGGUGGACCUCUGAAUUGCCAGAACCCCGAUGGCUCCUGGGACGUCCACGGGGUUGUGAGCUUUGGCUCCGGUCAGGGCUGUAAUGUCUUCCAGAAACCUACAGUCUUCACACAAGUCAGCUCCUACAUCGGCUGGAUCAACACAGUAAGCAGCAUUUCCAUUUGGUUAUCACCACGCCAGUAUAAACAGUGUAACCUGAAGCAAACAAAGGCCUCAGCUUCCAAAAACAGGAAGUGUGUUUUAAUAGUCUUUUCUCUUGUUCACUCUGCAGGUUAUGACCAACUACUGAAGAAGCUAUUCAAGGGUUUUGUUUUGUAUUUAAUUACCCCAAAAACAAUGAUCUAUGAUGUGUUUUCUUAUGUCUGCUGAGAUGUUUCAUUACUCUGCAUGUGGGACUUUGACCAAACCAUCGAGAAACGUGUCUUACCUUCAGCUUUCAGAGUA